CACACAGAAAUGCCAACUGACCCAGCCAAGGCUCGAACCAGUGACCUUCUUGCUGUGAGGUGACAGCACUACCUACAAAGCCACUGCAUCGCUGACGAAGAAGGGAGGUGCUUCUGGAUGCGUUUCUGACUAGUUUGAAGGAACUGCUUCAUUACACAAGAUGCACUUUUGUUUUCGGCCUGUUUUUAUUUUUUCUAAGUUCAAAGGUGUAUAGUAGCGUUUCUUGAUUGAUUUUCUUUGUAAAAUUAGCAAAAGUUUGCUUCUGUUGAUUAAAUGUCAAAAAGGACAUUCGACAUGUUUAUGUUCAUUUGUUUGUAUCUAUGGAGUCUGCCUGGUGUGUGUGGUGAUGGAGUGAAGUCGGUGUUGGUCACUGAAGGAGAUUCAGUCACUCUUAAAUCUGCUCUUGUUGGAAUCCAGAGUAAUGAUCUGAUAAUGUUGAGAUUUGAGCCUGGAGAUAUUCUCUUAGCUAAAAUCAGUGAAAAGAGGGAGAUUUCUUACAGUAGUGAUGGGAGAUUGAGAGACAGACUGAAGCUGGACAGUCAGACUGGAUCUCUGAUCAUCACAGACAGCAGAACCACAGACUCUGGACUUUAUAAAGUGACCACAGUCAGCUUAAGGUCGCCAAUCAACACAUUUAACAUCACUGUCUAUGCUCGUCUGCUCAUUCCUGUUCUCAAAAGAGACUGUUCAUCAUCAGUGCAGUAUUGUUCAGUGGUGUGUUCAGUGGUGAAUGUGAGUGCUGUGAGUCUCUCCUGGUACAAAGGAAACAGUGUAUUGUCCAGCAUCAGUGUGUCUGAUCUCAGCAUCAGUCUCUCUCUACCUCUGGAGGUGGAAUAUCAGGAUAAAAACACCUACAGCUGUGUGGUCAACAACACCAUCAGCAACCUGACCACACAUCUCAAUAUAACUGAGCACUGUCUGACGUGUUCAGAUCUGGGCAUUACCUUGUUGUACACAGUGCUGCCAUCUGCUGGAGGAUUUCUGAUAAUUGUUUCUGUGGUCUUCUGUAUCUUCAGGAAACAAAGAAAAAUAGGUCAAGGAGUUGAACCAGUUCAGAAGUGUGAAGCAAUACCAAAUGCUGAUCCGACAUUCUACAAAAGAAAAGCACAGAAAAUGAGAGCUUUAGAGGAGGAGGAUGUGGUGUAUGCUGGAAUCGUCAUGAAAAACUGAUCAAACAUUCUGUUUAAGGACUGAAUUUCUAAAACUCAAAUACCCCAAAAUUCAAAUGCCAGUUAUUUAGUUUACUGUAUGAGUCCGGAUGAGAGACAGAUCUUUGUAUACCGAGAAUCUCAAAGCAAAACAUGAACUGAGUACAUAAAGGGUUAGGAAUUGGGCGGCAUCACACCAUGUCAUUUUGUGUUUAAUAGACCUCUAAUAAACACCUAAAAAUAGACAUCUUGGCUAAAACAAGAGUAAAUUUGGGAUGUCAGUGAAAAUCUAAUAGAAGAAUAGCCCAAAAUCAAACACUCAUUAUACAGACUUCAUAUUUUAAGUCAUUCAUUCAUUCCUGUGUAUUGGUGACUCAUCUAGUUUUGGGCAAUUCUUAAACGGCUAUUAGAUGUUGACUGUCAGCUCAAAUGUAGCCUUGUUUUAGCCAAGAUGUCUAUGUUUAGAUCUCUAUGAGACUUCCUGGAUUGCAGAGUCUCAGUGAAUCCACAUUUUCCUGAUUGUGCUCAUUUUUGUUUUAAAUUAUGACUAGCACUUUAGGUUUGAGGAACUUGCAUUAAAAAGAACUGAAACAUCAAUUCACAUGAGCAGGUUGUGCUACAAAUAAUACAAAUAAAAUAAUUUUCUGUAGUGCAAAACGAAUAGAGAGGCAUAUUUUCCUUUUAUACUGUUCUUACACUAUUUAAUAACAUUAUACCAUUAUGACUAAAUAAUUACAAAAUAAUUAAAUAGCAUUCCUAUAGAUCUUUUUUUAAUUUGAUACAGUUCAUUAUAAAAGCAUUUGUUUUAUUCGUUGAUAUUGAUUGGUAAUUUAUUUAAGUAUCACUGCACAACACACAACUUAGGAAAAAAAUCUAUAUAAUAUUGAAAUGCUUAGAGAAGUUGUGUAUUUCAAUAAAAGUAAUUGAGUUUGAAGUUUGAGUGACCCCUGCUGGUGUUAUGUUGCAUCAUUCCCCUUUUUUGAGACUGCACCCUUCCUUCUUUCACUGCUUUGAUGUCUCACAAUGUGGUCCAUUCGUAAAAGUUCAUUAUAAAAAUCAGGAUGAAGCCUGAAAGUAACACUCAUUUAAAAUUCAUUUUUUGUGGUUUGUGUUUUGACUAAUUUUUUAUCUAGUGAGAAGGUAGAAUUGUAGUAAUUAAAUAUGAUAUUAUUAUAUAAUUACAACUAUAAUAAUCAGCAAAUAUGUUUUGUUGUAUAUGAAUAAACUGUUGUCUUAAAAGUU